UAAAAUUCAAAAUAUUAUAUUUUAUCAGUAACUUUUUUAAAAUUAAAUCUCUGAAUUCCCUCUCUCACUCUCUCUCUGUUAUUUAUAUACACUCCUAAUCACCAUCACAAGCGCUUGAGUACUAUACCUCCCAUUUCCUUUUUUUUCCACUCUUUGAAUCCCCUUAAAAAAAAAUGCACCGGAAUCCGGUGCUUCUCAGCUUUAUCCCAGUUUCUAUACUGCUGAUAGCAACUCCGGUCAUCGGAUAUCGUCCAUGGCCCCACUUAAAAUCCAACAGCUCCGAUUUAAUGUUCGGAGGCUCCAAGAAAUUCGAGGGCUCAUCAGAGUUCGUCAACAUGAGAUACCACAUGGGCCCAGUGCUCACAGCCAACAUCACCAUCCACGCAAUAUGGUACGGCCGGUGGCAGAAAUCCCAAAAGAAGAUAAUCCGCGAGUUUAUCAACUCAAUCUCUGCCGACAAUGCCAAGCACCCUUCGGUUGCUGGGUGGUGGAAGACCGUACAGCUUUACACGGACCAAACGGGGGCCAACAUCUCCCGUACGGUGCGCUUGGGGGAAGAGAAAAACGAUCGUUUUUACUCGCAUGGGAAAUCCCUCACGCGCUUAUCAAUACAGUCCGUCAUAAAAAGCGCGGUAACAGCGAGUACGAAACCGUUGCCGAUAAAUCCCAAGAGUGGGCUUUACCUCUUGCUCACAUCCGAUGACGUGUACGUCCAGGAUUUUUGCGGCCAAGUGUGUGGGUUCCACUAUUUCACAUUUCCAUCCAUCGUGGGCUACACGCUCCCAUACGCAUGGGUGGGUAACUCUGCCAAGCGUUGCCCGGGGCUAUGCGCCUAUCCCUUCGCCGUACCGGAAUACAUGCAGGGGUUUAAGCCAUUAAAAUCACCCAACGGUGACGUGGGAGUGGACGGGAUGAUAAGCGUGAUCGGACACGAGGUUGCUGAGCUGGCAACCAACCCAUUGGUGAACGCUUGGUAUGCCGGCCAAGACCCAGUGGCUCCCGUGGAAAUAGCGGAUUUAUGCGAGGGUAUUUAUGGCACUGGAGGUGGUGGGUCUUACACGGGACAGCUAUUGAACGAUAAAGAGGGUGCCACGUAUAACAUGAAUGGUAUCAGACGAAGGUACUUGGUUCAGUGGCUUUGGAAUCACAUCGUGAGUUACUGUACUGGGCCUAAUGCUCUUGAUCAGUAAUUUUUGGGUUUCUGUUAUUGUUUUGCCAUGUUGUCUUGUCUAUGUCGUUUUUCUUUUUGGGUCUGGGUUUUGGGUGACUGUUGAUGCAUGAUUAGUUAAGGUAGUUAAGUUUGUUAAAUAUGUACUUUUAUAAUAACUAUUCCUAAUAUACUAUUUUUGUAUACCAAUACGUUGUGCUUCAAUGCCCGCCUUCUUUUCAAACUACUCCCAUCGAUUGAAAGUUAUCAAACCAAAAUUAUAUAGCUUGUAAUUGUACAUUUAUUUCAGGCCUUGACCCUUUCUUUUGAAAGGAAAAUGAAAAAGAUUUUUGAUUGCGAGACGGUAA